AACACAGAAGGAAAACAUUUCAAAACAAAUGUGAUAUCAUAGUCAAUAGAAAGGAAACAAGUGUGCAUUUUUGUGUUGCAUUUAUGUAAAUAUCACUGGCUGGCCAUCAUGCCAUCAUCCCUAAUGUUAGCUUCCUACACAAUCCAAGCUUUGAAGCACCCGGCUUACGGAGCAAACAGCAUCAUUUUCGUACGGUGUCUAUCCGAUCGAGGUGCAAAGCCGAUCGGUGUUGAUUCAGCCACGGCGGAAAAGCAAUCCUACCAAUACUACACCAUCCCACCGGAACGGGUGAACGAAUCGGCCGGAGCCCGGAAGCAUGGAGCUGAUGUAGCCCUGCGCCGUAUCAGUCUGGUCGAUCUUGCCAAAAGCAAACUGUACGAAGCGCAAUCAUUCUACGACGAAUUCAGCGGCAUGAACGAGGUGAAAAUCGCCCAGAACAAGGUGAUCGAGAUACAGGAUCAAUUGCAGCUGGUACAGGAACGUCGCCGGCACAUACUGCUGGAGCUAACGUUGGUGCGCAAACAGCUGCAGGACAUCCACAUCGAACUGCAGAAAGCUACCCGGGGAGAGCAUCGCUACGUGGAACUGAUCAAGCAGGAGUUUGAUGUGCUUGCACGGGAAAAGGAGAAAAACCAAAUCUUUCAAAUCAUCGACCAAGAGGAGCGUGAACUGUUUUCCCAUCUGACGGCAGCGGUCAAGACGUCGCACGAAAAGGAACGCACGCAGGCGAACAAUGUAAAGUACUGGUCGAUAAUUGCAUCGGGCGUCGGUGCUUUGCUGGGCAUUGUGGCCACGUCGAUCAAUUAUUACUUCCGCAACACGCAGUACGAAACAAUACGGAAAGCGGCCGAAGAAAGCAACCGGAAGCUGGCAAUUAUGGAGCAAAAGCUGGUUGGAUUGGAGACGUCGCUCGGUAGGAUGAACGUGGAAUGGAACCGGUAUUUGGGUGAGCAACGGAUCGCGGAACAGCGCCGGUUGGCACGAAGUGCUGUGGCGGCCGAGUCUUGGGGUGGCUACAUCCGGCGGCAUAUGUCGCGAUUCGUUCGUGUUUUCCUACCGAAAGGAUAGUGAGCAAACGAGUCGCCCACAACAUUUCCUACCCAAACGACUGUGUGUGAUAGCAUGCUGAUGAUGCUAGAGAAUAAAAAUGCAGGGCUCCAAAUGCAGGUGUAUUGGGAUAAGAAUCAAAGAGUAGGAUAGCAUUUUAGAUUAGAUAUAUAUAACAGUAAUUUUUUGUUACUAUGACCCGCAUGAAGCUCAAACUUGUGCUUAAAAUGUACUAACGUAAAAGAAUCGCCGACAGUGGCUUUUUACCUGGAAAAGGGCCUCAAAUUGAAAUGCUCAGAAUAAAACAGAACUACACCCCGUUUUACGUUAUCCUA